AUGUAUUAGACAGAAACAAAAUCAUCACUUUAUGCAUCAAAAUUAAUUUAGUAAACAAAUUAUUCAGCAUUAUCAUCUUUACCUAAAACCUAUAUAAGAUAAGUAUAAGCAGAAGGUAAUAAGAUAUUUAAUAAUUAUUUAGGUGAAAUAUUUAUGGCAGCUCCAUAAAAAUGUGCUAAUAUAUGGAAGGAAUUUAGAAGAAAUGAUUUUACAUAAGUUUAAAUACCAUAUAAAACAGCUCUUUAAGUUUUUGAUACUUGUAAAGAGGAUUUAAAAAUGAUGUUAAAGAUUUCUAAUGGAAAGGAUUUCUUUGAUUUAUUCGAUUAAGAUAAUGAUGGGUAAUAAGAUUAUUUUAUAAUUUAGAUUUUUAAAUGAAGAUGAGUAAAUUUUAGUUUUUAGCAUUAUAAAAGAAAAAAUGUAAUAAGUUGCAAAUCUAUUAUUAUAAAUAUAAUAAUAUGUUCCAUUCAAAUAAUUAAUGAAGGCUAUAAGAACAUUAGAAUAAAAUAUUUGUGAAUAUUAAGAUGUAUUAAGAUAGAAGAUUUAUAAAUCUGAAGUUUCAACUUAUAAAGAAAUAGGAUUAGAAAAAUUAGAUGAUUUUUAUGAGAAAUACUAUAAUUAUUUUUAAUAGUUUGAAAAUUAGAAAAGAAUAAGAAUGUAUAAAGAAAAUAUGAUAAUAUGUUUAGAUAGACCUAAAUAUAAAAAUAAUAAGAAGAAAUGGGAUAAUUGGAAGAUAAGUUAUCAAAAAAUACUGAGUUUUUAAAAGUAAAACCAAAAAGAAAACUAAAAGAUUUAUAAACUUAAGAAAAGUUAGUUUCUUUAGAUGAGAGAGUAGAGGAAGCAAUGGAUUUUCGUAGAGAAUUAAAAAAUAUGGAGAAAGCUGAAUAAGAGAGAGUGGCAUAAGAGUAAGAAAAACGUAUUGAAAGUUAAAAGGAUGAAUUAUAACGUAAACAUUAAAAACAAAUGGAAUAAUUAAAAGCUAAAUUAAUAGAAUAAGAACACAAACUAAUAAUUUAACUUAAAAAAGAAUAUAAUGUUUUAUUAAAAUAAAUAGGAUUACAUAGCAAUGAGAUAGACCGAAUACAAUCUUCUGCAACUUAAAGUGCAAUUAGAAAAGGAGAGAAAGAGGGAGAGCUUAAAAGAAUGAAAGAAAGAGCAAGAAUAUAAAAUUUUAUAAUUGGAGAUACAAAAAGAACAAUGACUCCUAAACUUUAAUAAUAAAAUACAUAAACAUAUGAAGAUACUGUAAGUUCAUCUCCAAGAUCUCCAUAAGUAGUAUCUAAACAUGAUCGAGCUGUUCAUGAUAUUAAAGUUUUGAUUCAUAAACAAAAUUACACUUAAUUUUACAUAAAGAAAAAAUAUGGAGCUGUAUUAAUUUUUAAUAUAAUAUAAAUAGGAUCUACCUGUUAAUUAUAAACCUGAACCAUAUAAAUUAUAAGGUGAUAAUCAUGAAAGAAUAGAAAAGAUUUUAUCAGUAAAAAAGAAAAAUCCUCAUGAUAUCUUACCCUCUUUAACAGAAUUAUAUGAUGAAAAUCUCAAAGAAUAAGUAUUCAUAUUCUUAAUAUAAUAGGAUAAAGGAAGUACUCAAAAAUCUGAAUCAGAACUCAUCUAGGAAAGAUUAAAAAAGAAAUAAUUUAUAAUAGAAAAACUUUAAGAAUCAACUCAUUGA